GGGAGGGGAGAGAAGAAAGCGAGCCGUGAGGGGGGCGGUUACCACCCCUACUGGACUCGCCUCCAGCACGUUGCCGGACCGAGUGUGGAGCCGGGAAGGAGCCGACACUAGCUGCGCGAAGUGAGCUCUGAGCUUAACUGCUUAAACUGUAAAAGGAGAGUACCUCUCUUGAAGAGGUGGAGCGAUUACAUGAGAUUUUUGGAUGUUCCAGGAUGAAACGCCAUAGAACUCUCAGCAGCAGUGACAGUUCAGACGAGAGUCCUUCCACUUCCUUUAAUUCUGGCUCAAUGCAUAGAAACAAGUCAAAAAUUCCAAAAGAAUUCAAGAAACCUGCUGAGGUAUUCCGAAAGGACCUCAUCAGUGCCAUGAAAAUUCCAGAUUCUCAUCAUAUUAAUCCUGACAGCUAUUACCUCUUCUCGGAUACAUGGAAGGAAGAAUGGGAAAAGGGAGUCCAGGUACCAGGCAGUCCAGAUGCUAUUCCACAGCCUUCCAUCAGGAUUAUAUCAGAGAAGGUGAAGGAGGUUCUCUUUAUACGACCCCGAAAGUACAUCCGCUGCUCCAGCUCAGAGACCACAGAUCCUGGCUAUAUCAACAUCACGGAGCUGGCAGCAUCUGUGUGCCGCUACGACUUAGAUGACAUGGACAUGUUCUGGCUCCAGGAACUCAAUGAAGACCUCACAGAAAUGGGUUGUGGGCAAGUUGAUGAGAAUCUUAUGGAAAAGACAGUAGAGGUCCUGGAACGCCAUUGCCAUGAAAAUAUGAACCAUGCUAUUGAGACAGAGGAAGGACUAGGCAUAGAGUAUGAUGAAGAUGUGAUCUGUGAUGUGUGCCGAUCUCCAGACAGUGAAGAAGGGAACGAUAUGGUGUUCUGUGAUAAGUGUAACGUCUGCGUGCAUCAGGCCUGCUAUGGUAUCCUCAAGGUCCCAGAAGGCAGCUGGCUGUGUCGUUCCUGUGUCGUGGGCAUUCAUCCACAAUGUCUGUUAUGUCCAAAGAGAGGUGGAGCCAUGAAGACCACCAGAACAGGGACUAAAUGGGCUCACGUCAGCUGUGCCCUGUGGAUUCCAGAGGUCAGCAUUGCUUGUCCUGAGAGGAUGGAACCAAUCACAAAGAUUUCUCAUAUCCCACCCAGUCGGUGGGCUUUAGUCUGCAACCUGUGCAAGCUGAAGACAGGGGCUUGUAUUCAGUGCUCGGUGAAAAGCUGCAUCACUGCCUUCCACGUCACCUGUGCCUUUGAGCACAACCUAGAGAUGAAGACCAUCCUAGAUGAGGGGGAUGAAGUGAAGUUCAAGUCAUACUGCCUCAAGCACAGCCAAAGCGGGCAGAAAUCUGGGGAGACUGAGUACCCCCUAUACAGGGCUUCAGAGCAGAGCCAUGCCAAAAGCGAGAAGACCGGCCUGCGGGCGCAGAAGCUUCAGGAGCUGGAGGAGGAGUUCUAUUCGCUGGUCAGUGUGGAAGAUGUGGCCAAAGAGCUGGGCCUGCCCAUGCUAACUGUGGACCUUAUCUAUAACUACUGGAAACUGAAGCGGAAAAGUAACUUUAAUAAGCCAUUAUUUCCUCCAAAGGAGGAUGAAGAAAAUGGCCUACUGCAGCCAAAAGAAGAGAGUAUUCACACUCGCAUGAGAAUGUUUAUGCAUCUACGGCAAGACCUAGAGAGGGUCCGAAAUCUGUGCUACAUGAUAAGCAGGAGAGAGAAGCUGAAACUGUCGCACAACAAAAUACAGGAACAGAUCUUCAGUUUGCAAGUCCAGCUUACUAAUCAGGAAAUUGCUGCAGGGCUUCCUUUGACAACUUCACUAGAAAACUCAUUGUUUUACCCGCCACCAAGAAUUACCUUAAAGUUAAAAAUGCCCAGAUCAUCUCUGGAAGACCACAGAAGCAGCUCCACAGAGCCUGAUCAUGGAUCCCUUUCGCCUGACAGCAGCUCCCUUGUUCACAAUGUAAGGGACACACAGGUGCCUCAGGAGUCACUAGAAGUGAAAAUGAAAUCAUACCUGAGACAGCCAUUAGAGACCAAGAGUAACCAUUUGCUGGCCAGUCUCAGCCAUUUUAGGUGUGAAGCCAAGGAUCCCAGUCCUGCUUGGAAAACUCCAUCUCUGGAGUUGUAUCAUGGGCAGUCGUUGGGAAAGCCUCUGGCCCUUCAGGCUGCCCUACAUGGACAGUCUUCCAUUGGGAAUGGGAAAAGUCCGCCUAAUCCCAAGUUUCCCAAAUCCAACGGUCUAGAAGACAGCUGGUCUGGGGAUGUCACCCAAAAAGACAGCUCAAGCGAGAUGUUCUGUGACCAGCAGGAAUCCAUGUUUAGCUCCCACUUGGCCAGUCAGGGCAGCUUUAGAAAAUCUACCAUGGAACACUUCAGCAGGUCCUUUAAGGAGGCCACCAACAGAUGGGUGCAAACCACAGAAGACCUGCAGUGCUGUGCAAAGCCAACCAAGAAUAUUAACCCUAGGGAGCAGCUCUGGGGCAAGCAGCUGGUUAGGCGGUCUGCAGGGAGAGCUCCAUAUCAGGAGAAUGAUGGGUAUUGCCCAGAUUUGGAGCUUAGUGAUUCAGAAGCAGAAAGUGAUAGGAAUAAAGAGAAAGCCAGGGUAAGGAGGGAUAGCUCAAACAGGGAAAAUCCUCCCCAUGACUCUAGACGGGAUUGCCAUGGUAAAAACAAGACACAUCCUCUUACCCACAGUUCAAUGCAAAGGUAAUUAGAAACUCAUAAGAAGAACUCAGUCUUGGUCUUUGCCUCAUAUAUUGGGGAAAACCCAUACACCAAAAGGAUUCUAGCAUAUGUUAGGAGGAAUUGUAGUGAAAAGGAUAAAAUUUUCCACAAUAAACUGGAUUACAGUUUCGGAAACCAUUUCAAGUCUAGUUUUCCUAAGCACAUUGUAAAGAAUUGCAGAUUGUCCGAAAGUUUUUUGCCAGAGGCUCUUGAGAACAGCUGGACCCAGAGUAUUUGCUCGGUAAAUUCUUUAGGACAACUUUCCAGUUCUAUUAACACAUUGAUGCACAUAUGUAUUAAGAGUCCUUGCAUUGUUAAAAAAUUUGCAAGAGACCAUUGAAUAUCAGACACUAAAACUACUUAUCUUUUGAAGCUACAGCAUGUGACUCCCAGAGCUCUCAUCUGUAGGAAGUUUCUAACUCCAUGGUUAUUUGGAAAUCUUCUUCAGGAAAGAACCAGGGACCAACAUCUCAGAUAUUGUCAAACUCACUACUCUUUUCUUGGCUCUGCACAAGGUUGAGUUCCUUUCAUAGUAUCUUAACUUACCAAGUCAAUACUUCUAAUGCUUCUAAGUGUCCAGUGCCUGUUCCUAGACUUGCUUGUUAGGGACGCACUUAUAACUCUCUCAACCCAACUAACAAGCAUAAAAGGCUAACUUGUGGUUAGUGUUUACAAAACUACAAAAGUACUACUUCCAAGGAAAAUGCUCUGAUUCUCUCACUUUAGGCAGUUAUAAAGAAUCCCAAAGCCUUUCCCAAAGUGAGACCAUUUCUGGGAGAUCUGUACCAGGUCAGGGUUUUUGUGUUACUGUUUUCAAAUGAGUUUGACUUAAAUGAGUUUGGCUGACAGUUUUGUAUACCUGCUUUAAUGUUUAUAAAAUUUUUAUUGAAGUAUAAGUAAAAUAUAGUAAAAUGCACAGAGGUUAAGUAUUCUUACCUGCUUUAAUUUUUAUUGUCAAACAAUUUGAAAGCAUGUGUUUAACACAUGGAUAUAAUUUAGCUUUGUACCAACUUUGAAUCCAAGGCAAUUUCCCAAACAAAAAGCUGGAGCUGUUUUUCAGAAGUUUCUUAUGCCCUGUUCUCAAACUAUCAGCCUUGAUUAAUCUCUGGGAGGAAGAGAAUAAUUACAUUUGGGGGGAGUGGAUAAAACAUGUCUACUUCCCAUUUAAAGAAGGGGAAAAGUUAGUUUUAAAAAUGUGAAGCCGACUAUAAUUCUCUGCUCUCUUUUCUUCUUAGCCUUAAAUUAAUAUUCUCUUUCUUCUAGUUUGGGCAAGUGUAGUGGGAAUUUUCAGACAAGAGCCUGUGUUAGAUUUUUAAAGUUGCUUACUGGUGACACAGCCCAGCUGCAUGUAGCGCCAGUCAGCAAGGGCAGCGGCCUCUCUCCUCCCCAUCAAUAAGGGGAACUCAGCGGUUUUCCCCUCCACUGCUUUUGCUCUUGUAGCCUUGCUAAUGUGUUUCUUUGCUUUUUUCUUUUCUUCCUUUUCUGAAAACUUCUGUAUUUUGCCACCCCUUGGAUACACCUUCAAAAAGUUUCUUUGAUGCCCAUGUACGUAUGUGAACAUGCCAUAGCAUGUGCGCUAGUUGUGCUGAUUUUUGUUAAAUGCAAAAGGCUAUGAAUUAUAUAAAUGACGAAGAGAAUUUUCCCUAUUUAUGCACUAGGUGUCUGUGCUUUUUUUUUAGUUCUUCUGGAGUAGAGAUUGACACCUUAAUAGUAAUGACAUUAUAGUGGAGCUCUGUGAUAAACUCCUUCUGUUAGAGGCUAGUACAGUAGCCUGUGUCCCUUCAUGCCUUUCAUUUCCAAGUGAGUGAGAGGAAAAGCAAAAAUUGAAAAAGUGCUUCAGCCAAAUUCCAUAUGUAAUGCCAUUGGAAGAGUAUUAACUAAAAUAAUUUCAGUCAGGGAAAUAUAGUUGUAAUAUUUUUACAGGAUUUUCCUAACUAAAUGAAGGAACUUUCAGUUGUGCAAAUUUCAAUUGCCCCAAAAUGUAUUUGCUACAUUUUGCUGUUGUUUGAAGUAUUACCUCUUCACCUUCUUUGUUAAUUUGUUUUCAUUUUGUCUUAAAUAGUCCAGUUUUCUAAGAUAAACUCCAUCGUUUUUCAAAUAUUACCUUUUUACCAAUACUUUUUCAUUAAAUUAUGAAAAUUGCAAACUA